GAACUUCCGAUAGCAGGCAAUUAAAUCGUCGGAUCUCGUUGUCAUGGUAACCAUUUCUCCGUAGCAUCCAAAAUGACGUCCCUGCUGUCCGAGUUACUGUUUGAGACCAGUGGUCAAGCUCCUUCUCCCUCUAAAGAUUUCUACCAUCUCGCUGUAACAAGAACAGAGGUAAUAUGGAGGUGGUGGAAGAUUACUCUGCGUGCGAAGAACCUAGCAUUGCCUGGAGAAAGGAAACAGAGUCAUGAGGACUUUGCAAAUGAUGCCAGACUACAGCAACAAGUUGGUGUGGUGUUUGGAACACAGAUCCUGGAAUACAUAAUUAACCUGUGUGAAGGGAAGUUUGAUUAUCUGGAGCGUUUGUCAGAUAAAAUUCUACUGCAUGUUCUUUCCUAUCUGAGCUACAAGGACAUUUGCCAGCUCAGCCAGACCUCACACCGUUUCAAUAAGCUGUGUGAGUCUAAAGAAUUAUGGGAACAGGCAAUACGGGACAGUGGUCAUGAGCUCACACCUGAAGUAGAGUUGAUGGCCAACUUGUGUGGCUGGAGGAAGAUCUACACCAGUCUCUAUCUUACACCCGUCCAGCAUAGCUCAGAAGAAGAUGAAGAAGAGGAAGCUGAGCUACAUUAAUCCCUUUAAUACUUUGCUCCUAAGCACAGAUGUCUUAAGAAUAAUUACAUGAAUGAAAAAAAAACUUUAAAUUCAGGAAAUAUGGAUGAUUUAUAUCAUAAUUAAUUUUCAUAUUUGUAAACAAAUGAAUGAAUAAAAUAAAUAAAUAUCAACUUACAAA